AUGGCCAAACCAACCCCAUCAACAACAACCCGCCUGACCCACCUCCUAAAACACUGGCCAACCGACAAAGUCCGCCCGGCCUCGGUCUCCGUGCAAACCUACCUGCAAUCGCGCCUGCACCCGCAGCAACCACAAAACGGCAAGAAAGCCGCCUCGUCGCAACAACAACAACAACCAGCAGCAGCAGCAGCAGCAGCAGCGGGACUUUCGCAGGCCUCGCUCAAUGCACUCACCUCUCUUCUCGAGGACCGAUACGCGCGCCGGUACCCCCUCCCGCCCAGUCUGCGUCACCCGGCUAGUAACCCCCAGCAUUAUGAGAAUGUGAUCCGGGAGUUUGAUGAGGCGCCGGAUCGAGAUUGGUUUGGGAGGUUGCGGAAGAGGGUUGCGGGGAUGUUGCGGUUGAAGUAA